UCCAAAUAUUGAUUCGCUAUAUGAAACCGCUCGACGAAAAACAAGCUGGUCUCGGAGCUGGAUUUUUUUGUGGUUGUGGUUCUGGUUAUGGAAUUGGGUUCGGUUUCGGUUUCGGUUUCCCCUUGGCCAAAGUGUCUCGGUUUACCAUUUCUAUGGGUACUGGUAUUGGUUGUGGGAUAGGUUUCGGUGUCGGAUUCGGUUUUGGUUUAUAUUGGAACUCUCUUGCCUCCGUGCAAGAACUAGAAAAAAAAGCAGUGCGCUGGAAAUCAACCCUUGAUCAACUUUGGAAACGAUAUUUUUAAAACACAAUUGUUAUAGAAAUGUUCAGUUUCACC